AUGGCAACUAUAUCCCUUUCAAGUGAAGGCAGCGCUGGCGAUUCGGAUGUAUCCAACGCGGCGCGUUUAGCCCACUCCCUUGCCCUCCUCCGCGGGUGUCGUGAACCCGCCGAGUUGAUUUACCGCAAAGAGGGCCCCCCGUUAUUUUUUAACGCGCACCCGUCCACCACGGAGACAGACUACUCCGUUGUCGUCGCGCGCCGCAUUGCCAUUCUUGUAGGCCGUCUGAGCGCGCUUUCCGAUCCUAAGAUGGGGGCAGAGCGCACACCGCGCGUGAUUCUGACGGCGCUGAUGGAGGUCGUGCGGGAGGCGUUGAUCAUGGCGAUGUCGUCCAACCCCCCACAGGAGAUCACCGCGGACGCCUUCUGCACGGUCAUCUCCUCGCGCGCGGUCCGCGUUGAGGCGAUGGUGGAGGGGCUGCACCACCUCACCUACGCCAGUACGAAGCUCCGAGUUGAGUUGGUGACUUUGCAGCUGCAGAAGCGAAUCACGGAGGAGCGGCAGACGGCAGCCACCACCGCCACCCCCAGCAUCCCAACGACCGAGCAGCACCUAGCUGCGCUUGUCGUGACGGAGACGCUUUUGGAGGACUUUAUUUCGAUUUACGAUAACAUUCUUUUAAUUCUACCCGCUGGUCAGCUGGCGCUGUCGAGCGAGCGGGAGGCCGCGGUAGUGCUGCCUUCGUUGAUGCGGUACUAUUACCAACUCGGCGACUGGGUACUUCACACGGGGAGCCUAUCUGACGUCCCGCCACUCGCGCUCACACACAUCACGCGAUUGGUAUGGGAUGAAAAGAAGGGCGCCGUCGAGGUGGACCUGCGCCGAUCUUCACUCGACGCGGCGUGGGGGCUUCUCCUCAACGAGAAGGGGCGCCUCAUUGACGUGGAUGUCGCGAUGCGAGUCCACGACCGCGCGCGCCGGUUCCACGAGCUGCUUAAGUCCACGCGGGAUGAUGCGGUGGUGGUGGCGGUGAACGGCGUCGCCAUUCCCGCCGCCGCAGGGGAAUACCCUCGGCGGGUCCUGCAGGCCCUGCGCGAUGCCUCGACAAGCCGCCGGACGCUGCGUCUGGUGGUGCGCGCGAAAAGUCUGCGCCGCGCGCCGGUGGAGGUGCUUUUCCGCUCCCACGAUCCAGGUGGGGAAGGGGCCUCCGGCCAGCGCGCCGUGCUUCUCUUUCACCGCAUCAGCCCCAGCGCGGCGUGGAAUUUUCACAUCAACGAGGACCUUCGCUGGCAUCCACCACCGCUGAGCCUCCUCCCCGAAGCGGCAAAGGCCUUUGUUCGGCAGUACCCUCGACGGCUGAGGCUGCGGUCGGUGAACGGGGUUGAGGUCCGCUCCGUGGCGCAGGUCGCGUCGCUCACGACUCAGGAGACGGUGCUGCUGGAGCUGGUCGUGACCCCGCCCGAUUCCCCCCCGCCAAAGGAGGCCGCUGGCCUAAAAGGCCGGCGAAGCCACCCCGAGGACCUUCCCGAGCCCCGCGCGCUCUUAGAGGCCCUCAAGCCAAAACCCUCAUCGCGGAGGCCCAAGGAAGCCCCGCAGACGGAGGGGACGGACACGGCGCCCAUGGACGUGCCACUACUCCAGGGGGUCUCUCACCAGGACAAAGCACAACUAGUUGAAAAGGCCAAAGGUAACAAAGGUGGUAAGGCCGGUGCCCGUAAUAUAUCACCCAAGGACAUUGCCAACACUGCCCAAGUCGCUGUUGACGGCAGCAAUGAGGGUAGGCGAGCAGAAAAGAAAGUUGUUGAGUCUACCUUGGAAAACAUACGGCAAAGACCUACGCGAGCUCCAUUUGACAUCGAUACAAACAUCAUCAAUAACGGCAACACCCCAGGCGUCCGCGAUGUACCCACAUCUAAGAUGGAGGAAGUAAGCGGAAAGGUGGCGAUCGAAGACACUUCCACAACGCCGCCGUGUCGGUUUGAUCACGGCGUUGAGAUGAUAUCCUUCAUAAAUGGGGAGAUGGUCCUUCGGCGGCCGUCUGUGGAGAACGCGUGGGGGAUUAAAAUAGUAUUAGAUGAACACUCGAAUUCAAUCACGGCGCUACCAAUGCGUCUUCUUGCGCUGCCGGACGUAUCAAAACCUUCGGAUGCGCAUCAUCCUUUUAUUAAACGAUUCACAACACCGCCAUCAGAUUGGUUUCUUGUGAGCAUUAAUGGAAAAUCUCUAAAGGGACAGGGGCCCACUGCCAUGCUGUCAUACAUGAAGUCACUGACGACAAUGCAAUUAAAAUUGUUGCGCAAACUCAUUAAGAAAUAG